CCCUGAGUGAAGAUGGCUCGAUUUCUGUGUGGAAUCGGUAUUUUUCUUCUUGCUGUUUCUACAUCAAUGCUAUUAGUAAAUGCUGAAGAGGAGAAGAUUUUGUCCGACAAGGAUUUAGAGAUCAAAAAUGAUGAACCAGUUCUAGAAGACCAGGAACUAUUAGAUGAUCUUUUAGCCGAGGCCGAAAACGGACCCAGCGAAGACAAUGCAGUUGAAAAUUCCCCCGAUGAACGGAUCGAAGACAGUUCUGACGAAGCAGAUCUCUCACUAGAGGAUGACAAAGGAACAAGCGAAGACAAAGUUGAAAGUUCCCCAGAAGAAAGCGAAGACAGUGCUGACGAAGAUGACCUCUCAUUCGAGGAUAACGAAGGUUACAGCGAGGACGAAGACAUUGAAAGUUCCCCAGAGGAAAGCGAAGAGAACGCUGGCGAGGAAGACCUCUCGUUUGAAGAUAACGAAGGUAUGAAAUUCCGUGAAAAAUUUACCUCGACAUUCAUUUAAUUAAUUUCACAAGGGAUUGUAUUAAAUUAGAAAAUCAGUUUACCAUGUAACCGCACGCAGUACUGGUCCUUGACA